AUGUUGUGGAAGUUAGCAGACAACGUGAAGUACGAGGAGGAUUGUGAGCAGGAAAGACACGAUGGCAAUAGCAAUGGAAAUCCCAGAUUACCGCACCUACCUGCGGUGAGUCAACACCUCUACAGCCCGGCUCCUACACUCUCGCACUCGGCGAGCUCAGACUUCCAGCCACCUUACUUUCCCCCUCCAUACCAACCUCUACCGUACACACAGUCAAGUGAUCCGUACUCCCAUCUAAGCGACCCAUUCAACAUAAACUCCAUACACCAGUCCCCGACGUCGAACCAGCAACAGUCAUGGCCCGGCCGGCAGAGUCAAGAGGGGAUUGGAUCACAUGCAAGACCAGGGCUCGCCAGUCAGAUUCUGGGUCUGGAGAGUGGUUCGUCCGGUGUGCGAAGAGAAGGAUUUCGGAGACCGGAGCUUUUACCUUCACACGUUCACGGCAUCGAAUCAUCCGUUAUUGGUGAAAAUAUGGGAUUGCAUGACAUGGGUCAGGGCCUCGAAGAUGUUCAACAUGUGGAAGAUCACGGUAUUGUAAUAGCCGACCAGACCGUCAUCAAAAAAGGCCCGGUGUCCCUGCCCAAGGGGAACGCAAUGGGGCUGUCCUUUCAGAGGGAAGCCCUCUUAGGCAUGGUAUCCAACCCCACAGAGGUCUUCUGCUCUGUGCCUGGACGUCUCUCUCUGCUGAGCUCCACUUCCAAGUAUAAAGUGACAGUGGCAGAAGUGCAGAGACGCCUGUCCCCUCCUGAAUGCCUCAAUGCCUCACUGCUCGGAGGGGUCCUCCGCAGGGCCAAGUCAAAGAAUGGAGGUCGUUGUUUAAGAGAGAAGCUGGACAAGAUAGGACUGAACCUACCCGCUGGACGCAGGAAGGCUGCUAACGUUACCCUACUCACAGCACUAGUGGAAGGUGAGGCCGUACAUCUGGCGAGAGAUUUUGGUUAUGUUUGUGAGACAGAGUUUCCGGCCAAAGCUAUUGCGGAGUACCUGGGACGGCCCCACGUCGAACGUAACGAGAUUAAUUCACGAAAGAACAUGCUCUUGGCUGCCAAACAAAUAUGUAAGGAGUUCACCGACCUGCUGACACAGGAUCGUUCUCCGCUGGGGAAUUCUCGACCAGCGCCCAUCCUGGAGCCAGGGAUCCAGGGUUGUCUUACCCACUUUAGUUUAAUCACUCACGGCUUUGGCUCGCCGGCUAUCUGCGCCGCCAUGACCUCGCUGCAGAACUAUCUCAACGAAGCCCUCAAACAGGUGGACAAAAUGUACCUGAGCUCAGCGGGCGACGCCCAGGGCUCCUCGGACGGAACCGUCAAAACUUCGGAAAAGAUGGACAAACACAGAAAGUGA